AUGCCUGAGGCUCCUAACAACAGUCCCUUUUCAAGGGCGAGUCGAGGCUCAUCGUUCGCUCCUUCAACAACCCAUCCUCUCAGAGCACCGCUAUUGACCGACGACGCUGACCUCAAUAUGGGUCACCAGGGCCAUAAUCCCUCUUAUUUGAUGGCACCUACAAUCUUCUUCAAUACCACAGCUCCAAAUAGCAACCAUGGGGAUGUCCAAGUCCACACAGACCAUCAGAUCUUCUGGCCAAGCGAUGGACCAGCAAUGUACCUGGCGCCGCCGAUGCCAGCAACAAUUCCAGGUAGCAUGCAGAGCAACACUCAUAACCACCCCAAUACAGACAUUUAUCAAUUUCCCACCAACCUAGCACCGGAAUCAUAUUUCGGGUCUUUCGAUAACGUGGAUCAUGCGAGUGUGGGGGUGGGAUCACCAAAACCGGGCCCGGGAUCGAUGCUGCAGAUGCAGGGGGAUAUUUCUGAGCCAAGCCUUUCCGACGGCCAGGAGACCUGGCGAGACAUAGGCGAACCAUUCAUGAAAACCCUCAAGCCUACCAGUGUCCAGAGUGUCGGCAGCGGUUCAACCGCAACGAUAACAUGCUUGAACAUCGGCGGAGGGCUCAUUGCUGUCUGAAUCUGGCAACGAGGCGUCACUAAAGGCUCUAUUUUCCUUGCUGUCAGUGGCUGGCCUUCCAUGACAUUUGGGGGUGGGACGUUAGAGUAUAUUUUUUUUUUCGUGAUAUGUUUUCUUAUCCUUUUCCUUAUUUUUUGUGAACUUUGUCUCAAAUUUUUGCGGGAAUACCCUGGUGUUGUAUACCACAGGCGGCGUUGCUCAUUGCAUGAUAGAGUGCACUGCAGCCCUUCCGUUUUGCGGGCCUCCGACGCACGUUUUAGUUCCUACUUGCAUCUGAUUUCUUAUUCAUCUUCUUGGCUGUGGUUUUAUUGAGCGCAAUCUGUGGCCAUAAUAGUCUCAUACGUCAUGCGGGAUUGUAUUACCCAUCUCAAUACUGGUUUCGGGUUUCUUUGUAUCUGGUUCUUUCGAU